AAGCAUGUGCAUGUGUCGAGCGGAUGACAGGGCUUUCUGACCAAAACGGUAUUUGCAUCAAAGUUUUGAUGUCCAAAGAGGAGGAAACCCAAACAAUGGAGCCACAGACGAAGCGCUGGAAAGGAUCCGUGUGUGACUCCGACUCCUGGGUAGCUUAUCCUGUCCUGUCAGACGAGCAGUCACAAGACGUCGAGCUGAUAAAGGCGUUCGCUGCACCCAUUGUCAACAAGAAAGAGACCUCUCGGCUGCUCCGGGAGCUGAGCACCCUAUACCCGUUGAACGGCCUUCAGCACAUCAAGAGGGUGCGGGCGGUCCGGGAGAAGGGCAGCCCUCAUCCUCUGGAGGUCCUCGUGUGCCUCGUCAGCGACGCGCCAGACACAAAGGUGAUAAACAUCGACUCUCUGCUCCCCUCGGAUGGAGUCAGACGCGACGGGUUAGGUGAGCCUUUUGUGGUGAAGGUCCCUGCACGCCCCCCCUUGACCAGACCCCAGUUUGAGCUGGCGAGCAAACACUGGCCCACCUCCUUUCACGAGGACAAACAGGUGACCGUGGCCCUGAGAGGAGAGCUCUUCAGUCCGCCUCAGAAAGCCAGGAUGCACAUGUACAUGACGUCUGCGCUAACAGCUGCCCAAGCAGGAAAGGAGUUGGGAAUGGAGGCGGUGGGGGCUGUGGUGGUUGACCCGGCAACGGAGAGAAUCGUCGCAGUAGGCCACGACUGCAGAGGUGACCAUCCUCUUCAUCACGCAGCCAUGGUCUGCAUUGACCUGGUGGCUCAGAGCCAGGGCGGCGGACGUUACUCUUUUGACAGAUACCCUGCUUGUGGGUUUACCUCGCCAACCUCAGACCCCUUCCAGAGCGCCCCUGGAUCAGAGGCGAGCCCUCAGCCGUACAUAUGCACCGGGUAUGAUCUUUACGUGACCCGAGAGCCUUGUGUCAUGUGCGCCAUGGCGCUGGUACACUCCCGGAUAGGUCGGGUCUUCUACGGGACUGCCUCUGCUGACGGGGCUGUAGGGACCAGAUAUAAAAUCCACUCACAGAAAGAUUUGAACCAUCACUUUGAGGUUUACAAAGGCGUGUUGGGCAAGCAGUGUGAGGAUCUUAAUGGUCUGGGCCACCACAUCAAAAGAGAGCGUGUACAGCAAAGUAGAUAAUGUAUCCACUUCAAAAUAUCAGACAUGAAUGGGCCUGGAGCUGGAAUUUUUAGUUUUUACAUAAAUUAUAUUAUAAUGUUACAUAAGCAUUUCUUUUAAAUAAACGUUUUAAUCAUUUGGCCAUUGUUGUAUUGAGAGCACGUGUGUAGAUGAACACUAAUAAGGCUCCUGUAGGCUCGUUGGAAGGAUUAAAGAGCAAGUUGGUGACCCUGAAGCCUGACUUUGUGUAAGAUAUUGGCAGCAUAAAAAUGUUAAUUUAGCGGGGAAUUAAGUCAUUUUCUUUUGUAAGAUUCUCAGUGCAUAGGUCCAGAUGAAGGAGCAUUUGUUUUGUUUUUAUAAAUUCAGAUGCAAAAAACC